CGUAACAGUAACAGUAUAAAACAUCAGACAGACACUCAGACAGUGUCAGUGACAUUAAGUCAACAUUCAUUUUUUCUUGAUUUUGAGCAGAACAUUCUCACUCACUGAAACUAAGUGGAUUCUUGGUUAAAAAUAUGUAGAGGCCUAGGUAUAUUAUUAUAUUAUAAUAUACUAAUUACUAUACUAAAUAAAAUGAGUAAAACAGAGUAGUGUUAAACCUGAAAAAAUAAACGCAACAAAACAGCGAACGUGUCGGCAGAAAGCCUUCGUCAGCGAACAAAACAACAGAAAAAACGGUAUAAAAAUAAGAAAUAGCACUUAGCUGGUAAGUAGUAUCUGUGGGCAGCAAUAGAAGUGUGGCAGAAGGAAAAUGAGUGAGAGUUUAAAUAAGCAGCGGCGAAAAAAAGGGGGGAGAAAAAAGUUCACUGUGAUAGGUCAGAACGUGGAGGGGCGGAGCUAGGGUCAAGCUGUGAACAGAGACAUAACAUUAAUCCCAUCUGGCGUCAAAGUGCCGUAAGUCAGGAUAAGUCUGUGUUCCAAAUUGACCCGGCUGGCGGUGUUCGUGCUAGCCACAAUCGCACUUAUUGAAAAGUCCGCCUUGCCCUGGUGGUCGCUACUAUUGAAGUGUUUGGAGACGGGACACUGUUUAUCUUGUGUAAUGUUUCGGAGGUGUUCGGUACACCUGUCCGAGAGACGGCGUCCAGUCUCCCCUAUGUAUGUCAUCUGACAGCGGGUGCAGACAAUGGCGUAGAUAACGUUGCGGCUUGUACAGAGGAAACCGUCGCGUAUCUGAAAACUGCCCUUGGGGAAACGUAUGCGUUCAGUCUGGACGACAAAAGGGCACGUGUUGCAACGACUGUGUCCACACGGCUUGGUCCCAAAGUGGGAGGGGGGAGCAUUGAUACGACUGCGCACUCUCUAAGCUGCGCAGUCGGAAAGAUAUCGUCAUCAAACCAGCUGAUAAGGGGGGAGCUGUUGUGGUGUGGGACAGAGAUCUCUACAUCAAGGAAGCUCAUAGGCAACUAGAAGACAGCCAGUUCUACCAACCGAGGACCAACAACCCUAUCACCAAACAUAACGACAUGGUGAAAGGGACUAUCAAGAAAAUGAUUGCAGAAUCAGCGCUCCCCAAAUCGGCCUCUGCCCUACACAUCUUCGAUAGUGACCUCGGUAAGCCAUGCUUCUACCUACUUCCCAAAAUUCAUAAGUAUGGUAACCCUGGCAGACCCAUUGUCUCAGCAUGCUCUUGCCCCACCGAACAUAUCUCGGAAUUCCUUGAUGGAGUUUUUCAACCCAUCGUUGCCUCACUGCCAACUUACAUUAAGGACACCAACCAUGCUCUACAAACCUUUGAAUCCAUCAUAAUCCCUCCUGAAAAGAAACAUCAUCUAUUUCUUCUUGAUGUAUGUUCUCUAUACACUUCCAUCCCCCACACUGACGGUCUCUUAGCUCUCAAAUUCUUUCUCAAGACUAGACCCCACCCAUCUAUACCCACCAACACCCUCCUCAGAUUGGCUGAACUAGUCCUCACCCUCAAUUCAUUUGAGUUUGGUGGCCAAUUCUUCGACCAAAUCAGUGGUGUUGCUAUGGGGACUAAAAUGGGACCCAGCUAUGCUUGCUUGUUCAUGGGGCAUUUCGAACACCUGGUCGAAAGCAGCUAUACUGGACGCCUCCCUGAAUUCUAUAAGAGGUACAUAGAUGAUGGUAUAGGGGUCACCACUAUGGAGAGGAGUGAACUUGACCUGUUCAUUAACUUUGUAGGCUCCUUUCACCCCUCCAUUAAAUUCACAUCUCUUAUCUCUGAGACCUCAGUCAAUUUCUUAGACAUUACAGUCACUCUUCACAAAGACACCCUACACACCUCUGCCUACUUUAAGCCCACUGACAGCCAUAGCUAUCUACUCUACUCUUCAUCCCACCCUAAAUCCUGUAAGGACUCUAUUCAUUUCUCUCAAUUACUUCGUCUUCGUCGACUUUGUCGGUCGGAUGAGGAAUUUUGGGACAAGGCACUUGAAAUGAUAGACUUUUUCCAGUGUAGGUCUUACCCGGAGACAGUACUUUCAUCAGCCCUCCAAAGGGUUAAGAAUAUUACACGUGCUGAUGCCUUCAGACCACGUCUGAGCGACAAUGUUGACAGGAUAAAACUCAUUUUAACUUAUCACCCUCACAAUCUGAUUGCUAAACGUGUUUUCCUUAAACACCGACACACGAGAAAUUUUCUCUUCCCCACCUCUCAUUGUUUUCAGACGGGAUAAAAAUCUGAGAGACCUCCUUGUACGCAGUCGUAUCAAUGCUCCCCCAUCCCACUUUGGGACCAAGCCGUGUGGACGCAGUCGUUGCAACACGUGCCCUUUUGUCGUCCAGACUGAACGCAUACGUUUCCCCAAGGGCAGUUUUCAGAUACGCGACGGUUUCCUCUGUACAAGCCGCAACGUUAUCUACGCCAUUGUCUGCACCCGCUGUCAGAUGACAUACAUAGGGGAGACUGGACGCCGUCUCUCGGACAGGUGUACCGAACACCUCCGAAACAUUACACAAGAUAAACAGUGUCCCGUCUCCAAACACUUCAAUAGUAGCGACCACCAGGGCAAGGCGGACUUUUCAAUAAGUGCGAUUGUGGCUAGCACGAACACCGCCAGCCGGGUCAAUUUGGAACACAGACUUAUCCUGACUUACGGCACUUUGACGCCAGAUGGGAUUAAUGUUAUGUCUCUGUUCACAGCUUGACCCUAGCUCCGCCCCUCCACGUUCUGACCUAUCACAGGUCAAUUUGGAACACAGACUUAUCCUGACUUACGGCACUUUGACGCCAGAUGGGAUUAAUGUUAUGUCUCUGUUCACAGCUUGACCCUAGCUCCGCCCCUCCACGUUCUGACCUAUCACAGUGAACAUUUUUCUCCCCCCUUUUUUUCGCCGCUGCUUAUUUAAACUCUCACUCAUUUUCCUUCUGCCACACUUCUAUUGCUGCCCACAGAUACUACUUACCAGCUAAGUGCUAUUUCUUAUUUUUAUACCGUUUUUUCUGUUGUUUUGUUCGCUGACGAAGGCUUUCUGCCGACACGUUCGCUGUUUUGUUGCGUUUAUUUUUUCAGGUUUAACACUACUCUGUUUUACACAUUUUAUUUUGUACUAACCUGAUUGCAGUCUCUCCCCUUAUUACCCCUUACUAUACUAAACCAUGAUGACCUGAUGUUACUCUGAGUAACUCUGUGUGAGAUGUGAAUGAAUACUGAAUAUGAAUGAUAAUUAUUAUAAAUUAUGAUGAAAAAUAUGAAUUGUGUGGCCCGGAUUGUCAUAGACUAGUCUUCUGACUCUUCUAAGUCUAAACUAACAUUUCUGAUUUACACUCAGUGAUUUCUCAUGCUGAGUAGUGUAUCUAAAUCUAUGUCAGUCCAGUCAUUCUUAUAUGGGAAUUUCUAUAAUAUUAUAUUAUUCAUUCAAGAAAAUUAGCUAUUAUUAUUAUUAUACUAUAAGUUAUAAAUAUAAGACAUAAUAAGAGUAUAAGACUAUAUAAUAUAUGUUGCCUUCUUAAGUUUUAGUUUGAUAAUAUUAAUAAUAAUAAUUCUAAAUGGAGGAUGUUCAAUGGUAGGAAAGAAGAGGCACAAAGCAGCACACUGAAUGUAAAUUAGUCCUCAUUUUAAUAUCAUUUUUUGUGCAGAUGCUUGAUCAGGGAAAGUGUGGGUUUGAAGAAGUGUUAACUUUAAUUAGAAGUUGGACCAGAGCAGUGAUUAUUUCAGAAAUUUUCUGGGGGGAGGGGGGUGCACACUUCAGAUUUUUUCGGGGGGGGGGGGCAGUGCCAGCUGAUUUAUUGUUGGACAUAUUUUUGCUCAGGGGGGGGCACUUGGCUGAAGCUAUAGCUGAAAGAAACCCUGGACCAGAGGCUGGUGGGGGUUGCAGGCCCAUGUGAUGGCUCUACAGUAGGGUGACCAAACGUCCCGUUAAAACGGGAUUGUACCGUUUUUCACGAUCGUACUCGUUGCCCCGAAAAAGUCUCUCGGGACGCCUGAAUAUCCCAUGCUUUUAACCAAACACAUUUUCUAAUCACUAAAACUUCCUAAAUUAUAAUAUAACUUCAAAUAAUAUUUUGGCUAGCUGUGUAGUCAGUGCCAGUUGUGAUGUGGGCUUGUGUGAUGGCUGCACCAUUCCUUCUCCACGACAGUGUCCCUACCAUAGAUCUUAUACGUAAAUGUAAAGCGAAAGACACGAGACUUGAAGCCGCAAGUGGGGGGGGGGAUGUAACUGUGCAGAAAACAAUUUUGAAUCCACGACCCCUACGUGUAAUGUGUUAGUCUCAUGUGUGAUCCCUACCGGCCUAUUCGUGUCAGAAUGAAAAGUGUUUGUUUUGGGUGUUGAACUUUAUUCUUUAAUUUUAUAUUAACUUCUUAUGUAAACUGUCACAGAUCUAAUACUCAGAUAUCAAUUUUGUUUAGUAAAAUAAUUUAUUGUUUUGUAAAAUAGAAAUAACAGGAAGUUAGGAAUUAUGGGAUUUAGAAAAGAGUAACGGUCAUGAAUGUUUUUGCAGGGAUUCAUAUAUAUUUGGCCCUGGCCAUAUUCAUUUGUGAAGUGUAACGAAGAAGUUAUAAAUGUGAAACUUAUAUUUACUAUGAUCUUCAGUGAUAUUUAUUCAUGUGAUGUGCCGUAUUCAAGUAAUACAUGUAUAGUGAUGCAAAAGUUGUAAGUCAUGUUUUACUGUUAACUAUUAAUUGACGUCUGUGAUUGAGGAUAAGUAGGAUACAUCAAUUAUUGCAAGUAACGUCAUCAUCAUACACACACACAUAUAUAAGGUGCCCAAGCGUCAAUGUAAGUUUACGGAUGAGUAUUCCAAAGAGUGGAACUAUAUUAAAAAGGGACGCUAUGAAAGUGAAGACGAGUGCACAGUUUGCAAUAAUGUUUUUAGUAUUGGUCACGGUGGACGUUCAGACAUAAAACAACACAUCACAUCAGUGAAACAUUGGAAAAGACUGAGUGCCCCAAGUAGAUUUUUAGGUUAGAUUUCAUAGUAAAAUGAGCAUAUUUAAUAAACAGUUCGCGGCCGUGGCCCCCGGACCUCUCUUUAACUGGAGGGUAUCCCCCCACCCCAAAAAAAACAACAAAACAACCGUUCUUGAAAGCGUCCCGUUUUUUCCAAAUCAUGAUUUGGUCACCCUACUCUACAGUCUACCUGCGGGCAGACUAUCUAAGUUACUCAGCAGGAGACUAAACUACAAUAUAACAUUAUAAUUAAUAAAAUAAUGUAGAUGGCGUGCAGUGUUUCUGUACCAGCGAGUGCAGUGUAUAAUUUAUUUACUUUGUUCUUAGGCUCAUUAUACUGAAGUAAAGAUAAAGCUGACAUCUUGCUUGUUCAAAUGAGAAUUUAUUUGAAAUUUUUUUUUUGAAUUUAAAGUUAAGUUAAAGCUUUGAUCUUGGAAAUUGAAGUUGAAAACAGGUGAACUUUACUGAUCAAUAAUUUAAAAAAAAACUGGUCAACUAUAAUUUUUAAAAUAAAAAAAGGCUUCUUAAAUUGAUUCUGAUGAUUUUUAAAUUACAUCAUUUAUAACAUCUAAAAUUCGUGAGUGUAGACUGUAGCCAUAAGCAGGGAGGGGUCAAAGCAAAAAACAAAGAGUUCACUUUCUUAGGCUAUGUAAUUUGUCAUCAUUUUGACCAUGCUUGUCUGCAUAUUAAUAUUAUCAAUAUUGGUCGUGGGGUUGUAAAUGAUUCAUUAAAUGGGUUACCCAGAAUAUAAAUGUGAAAUGUAACUAAUGAUAAAUCAUUUUUUUUUUAAAUUAAAUAAAUAAAUAAUGUUUGAUAGUAUAAAUUAUUAUAAUUAUUGGCUUAUCAAAUAUCAUUUUUUUUAAAUUUUGGGGUUGGUUGCCAUGGACAUGGGAUUGAUAACAACUUGUCUCUGACUUAAUUAGGCCUAGUAAAAGUAUAAUAAUAGUAAUAAUACUAUUAUAAAAUGGUAAUGUAAUUGAUCUUUAUAAUUAUAGUAAUUCUACUUAUUGUUUAUGCAAAUAAAAAAAAACACAACUUACCUUUGAUAUUGAAAUAAUUAAGUAAAUAUAAAAUCAAUGUGACCACAAUUAAAUAUUUCACAAAAUAUUAAGCAAUCAAAUUUCAAAUUACCAAUAAGUCUAUUACUAUCGCAUUAAUUUCCAAAGGCAAAGGUGUCCUCAAAGAAAAUUACUGGCAAAUCUUUCAAAUCAAUAUAAAUUGCUUGAGUAAAGUUAGAUGCUGUUGGUGUAGCCUACUUAUUCAGUCCAAGUUAAUGUUAAUGGCUCAAAUGACUUUAAAUAUCAAAAUUUUGCUUGAAUUCAAGGAGCCAAAAAUAAGGAUAAAUUUAUGCAGCUUCAAAUUUUAAAAUUUCAUGAGUAGGUCUGACCCUUUGAUUUUAAUAGGUGUAAGAAUUACUGAUAAUGUCAUGUUGUUUUGUUUUCUUUUAUAAAUAUAAGUAAUUGCUUGCUUUUAUAAUUAAAAAGUUGCAACACCACACCAAGUUUGAGGUUUGUAUCUUUUAUAUUUUGUUAUUUUUGUACUCUAAAAAUUCAGUUUCUUGAAUUUAUAUAGGAAAAAAUAGUAUCUUACAUUGAAAUAAUUAUUUAAAUAAAAUGGGUUUCUAGAGCAUAUUUCAUACUUCCAUUUAUUAUUAUAUAAUAUCAACAAAUCCUGUAAAUAUGACAGUUUUAUAAUGAGAAGUAUGCAAGAAAUAUGAUUGAAAGUGAUGAGCUGAAAAAUGGGUGACAAAAUAAUGUGGAGAAAAAUUAAUGGCAGAAAAAGUGACUUGAGGUCUGCACUAAAAAGUUCAUAACUAUGUAACCACUUGAGCUUGGUUUUUUUUGUAAAUGAUUCAGUUUCAACUGUAUCGCAUUUAUAUUUAUUUAAAUAAUUUGAAAAUUCACCAAAGUAAAGAUAUUUUAAUAUAUCUUAUAUUAUUCUGGAUUGCAUUAGAUGAUUGGCCUAAUCAUUCGCUUUUCAUGUAUAUUAUCAUAUAUUUUUAAAGUAGCUGCUUAAUAUGGCACCUAAAAGAAGUCGUACAGCAACUGCAGUUGAAGAGAUAACUCGGUCAACUGCUACCAGGAAAGCGAAAAAAGCAAGAACUAAUUGUAAGAUAUAAUAAUUUUUGUCAAAAUCCAUUCCUGAAGCUCAAACUAUAACAAAUAGUGUGGGUUUUUUAAAGCAAUAAUUCAUUAUUGUUAUCAUCUCAAUUUAAGUUUUCUUGAGACAAAACUUAGUUAAAUGAUGCAAAUAAUUUGUACUUUAAUAAAGAAAACACACACAGUUAAAGAUCUAUACAUCUUUAUAUAUUAACUUAGGUCACAGUUUUGAAAAAUUAAAAUUAAUGGAAAAAUUAAUGGAACUGUUUAAUAAAGAGAACACACACAGUUAAACAUUUCAAACAAAACCAGUUUUUGAGUAGAGAAAAUUAAAAUGUAUUUAUUAAGUCUUGUAUUCUUGUAGAUUCAAAACCAGAAGCACCAAAAGUUGUCACAAAUACAUCAGAUACGCCGAUUUUAAAUGGCAGUGCAUCUAAACCAAAUCAGUCAACUUCAAAGUCAGUAAAGAAUUCACAAGCUGAAAUAAGUACAAAACCUGCAUAUACAUGCUGGCUUGUUAAGUCAGAACCAGAUUCCCGAUUUGAAAAUGGUGUUGAAAUGAAGGUAUUAAUAUUUCAGAUAAAGCUUACAAAAGAUUAAAUUAGAAAUGGUUACAAAUGAAAUAAUUAAGAAAUGUUGCCUGUUAGGGGAAGUUAAAAGUGACAAAUUAUGUCUUUACAAAUGUAUUUUUUAUAUAUCCCGUUAUUUUAAUUUAAACAUGUUGAUCUUACAUGCAGUUCAGCUUUGAUGAUCUUAAAUCUUCACCUAAUCAAACUGAAUGCUGGGACGGUGUUAGAAAUUAUCAGGUAAUUUUCAAUUAGAAUUCUCUUACAAAUUAAUAUUUUUAUUUUCUUAAAGCCAUAAAAAGUUCUUUAAUCUUUUUUUGUCCAUUAAUUUUAAUUGUUCAAAACUGUGACCUAAGUUAAUAUAUAAAGAUGUAUAGAUUUGAAAAGUUUCAGAAAGACACACACACUUCUAUGUUUAAUGCUAUGAUUCCUAUUUAGGCUACACAUUUAAUGUAUGCUUUUAAAAUAUGUUCCUCUUGAAUAGAGUAAGUAUUAUUACUUCUUUUCAUACCUAGGCUCGAAACUUUCUUCGAGAUCAAAUGAAACUUGGACACAAUGUCUUCUUUUAUCACAGCAACUGUAAAGAACCAGGAAUAAUUGGUAUUUGCAAGGUUUGAAUUUUUUAAUAAUUUGUAUAUGUGCAAACUACUUAAGAUGUUAAUAUUACAAGUAGUAGAACUUAGAAUUCUUGGAAAGGAUUUUUAUUCCAAUUACCUCAUUAUUUUUUUUUUUCCAAAUUGGCAAUUUUUUAUGCUUGUCAUCAUAACAGCCAAACCUAUUGUUAAAGCAUUUUGAUUGUGGGCUCUGGUGCUAUGAUGUCAAAGAACAUAACUAUUAACAGUUAUUAACCUUCUUGAGACAGAUGGGCUGAGGGGGAAAGACGAAUGGCUGAUGGUCUUUGUACCAGUUAAUCAGAUUGCUUCUCACAUUUCUUGCUCAUAUCACCAUUAUAAUGGCAGAUUCCAUUGACAGUUUACAGUGUUCUUUCAUGUUAUAGCAUUUUCUUUCCUCUCCUUAACGUAGUGACUCCUAUAAAUGCUUUAAAAAUAUGUGACCUUGAAAUCUUCCAAAAGUCAUGAGUACCACUAGUGGAAUAUUUUAUGCAUUUUUUGCAAGUUGAACCUUAAAUGUUUUUGGGACUUAUUUAGGCUUCAACAAUAGGAAAAUACAAUAUUCUGUAAGUAAGACGUGUUUAUUCUAAGUGUUGAAAAAAUUGUUGUCAUAAAUUAUGCAAAUCGGGAUUUUUUAUUUGCAUAAAUUGUUCAGAUUUCAAUUUGAUUGAUAAAGAUUAGUUCAUUCAAUGCCCUAUAUGAAUAUAAUAUAUAGUUUUAUAUUUGUAAAGUAAUUAGUUUAUUUUUUAUAACAAAUUUUGCAAAGUAUGUGCAGGGAUUGUGAAAAGGGCUCCGUCUUGGCACAGACAGUCCGAGGGAGCUCUGUGUCAAGAGGGUUAAUAAAGCCUUUCAGAAAUUUAAAAGAAAUCAUACAUUUUUGAUGAUGUGCCCAACCUUCUAACAGAUUUUUACAACUGUUCAUUCACUUUUUAUUAAAGAUACAUUGACAUGAAGAUUCAUAAUUCAGCUAAAUUGAUAAGAAUACUCCCCUUUUUUUCUUUGUUUUAAUUCCCAGAUUGUUAAAGAGGGUUAUCCUGACCACACACAGUUUGACCCCAAAGACCCACAUUAUGACAGGUUGUGAAUUUUACUUAUGUUGGAAAUAAUUAAAUUUAAAAAAAAUUUAGUUUGUUUGUGCAUUUUGAAAACAUUCCUGAAUAUUAAUUUAUAUGUAAUGGAAAUGUAGUUGAAUGGAAUGAGUCUUUACUUUCACAAACUUUUUAUUAACUUCAUAGGGCUGAUAUUUGCUUUAUGACUUCAUGUUUUGCAUUUUAUUUUCAGGCUUAUUAUCCUACUUUUUUUUUUAAUUUUCAAAGUUCUUUGUUACAAUAGGUUACAUUAUUUUUACUUAUUUUAUAACAAUUUUGCUAAAAAAUCAGAGCAACGAAUGAUUAUGCGGGGCCCAUUGGGGACUUUCUUAAAUUAUAGGAAAUCCUGUUAGAGUGAAUGUUAAAAAUUUGCUGUACUAAAAAGUAAAAAUCAAAAUAUUAAGUUACACACUUUAAUGUGCCAAAAAGUAAUAGAUUAUUUAUGUUUAAAAUUGUGCUAUUUAUGAAAAUUGAUUGCAUUUUGAAAAUUUUAUAUUUACUUAUGGUCAAAAUAUAACAAAUUGUGGAUUUUUUUUAGAACAUAAACUUUUCAGUUUUUAAAUGUGUGGUUAAUUCAUUUCUGUCUCAGUUCCAGUCAGGAAAAUAAGCCAAAGUGGUUUAUGGUGGAUGUACAAUUAGUCAGACCUUUAAAAAGAUUUAUUUCUCUUGCCGAACUCAAGAAGAUUCACCAAGAACAUGUCCAGAGAGAUGGCCCCUUGAAAAAAAUGAGUUUAUUUACAAGGGCCAGAUUGUCAGUCCAGCCUGUAACUGAAGGUUAGGACCAUUUUGUUUUCUGGAAAUACCCUGUAUCAAUACGUAUGUCUCUAUGACAUUUUUAUAUGGACCUGCAUUUUUAUAACAGUGCAGUAAACGUACUUUAGUUGUAUUAUUGUAGGUUGAUCAAUGUGAGUCACUAGCAGUUAAUUUGCAUUGUACUGAACACACUAAAAAAUAGUACUGCCCUGAUGAUCAUUAUCAUGAUGAAGACUGGGAAAUGUUAAUUAUCGGUAGUGAUAGUUGAAUAUCGUAUUAAAUGUACCGGUAAUCAAAAAAGUUAUAAUGAGACUGUUGAAACUCUAUAACCAUCUGAGGAUUUUUUGUUUGUUUGAAAUGUUAUUUUUGUCUCUUUGUUCAUGGUUAAGUUAAUGUACACAUUAAACUCCCGCAUUCUUAAUUUAGUCAGUUCAUAUUUCUGUGUGAACAUGUUGAAGUAUUAAGAGUUUAUAAUUCCAGUUUAAUGUCUUUCUUGAUGACCUUCCACAUUGCCAUAGAGUUUGUAUUGUUAUUUAAUGAUCUCAUCAGGAAGCAAACAAAAUAAAUGAUUUCAGCAUAGCUUGUUCGAACUAGUAGUUUUAAAUGAAUGUUAUACACAUUUGAAACCGGUUUUCAAUUGUAUAUAUAUAUUAUUAUUAACUGCAUUAGCCAUAUUUUAGUUUUAAUAUAACAAUGAAUUUUAAAAAAAAAAAAUAUAUAUAAUCUCUUAUUUCUAAUGUACCGCUUCAAUUCUCUUGAAUUAUUUUUUUUUUUUAACAGAGGAAUGGUCAUAUAUUCUUCAGCUUGAAAACAAUAUGUAGGCGCCGAAGAGAAGAUAACUCCAUGUUAGCUGCCUAACGAAUGCAAGAUUCGCUUUAAUUUUAUAAUUAAGAAUAACGUAGCUUGGAAAAUUGUUGCUUCAUUAGUAAUAAUUAAAAUAAAUGACAUAAGACAAAUGUUUCAUUGUAUUUUUUAAAUAAAAAAUAUGACUGUUUCAAUUUGUUGUUAUUUCUAAAUUCCAGUGAGAAAGUUUAAUGAUCAAACAGCGG